AUGUAUUGUGGCAGAGAGAGAGGGGGAGAGAGGGGGAGAGAGGUGGAGAGAGGGGAUGAUGAUGGUAUCCAGGCUGAAUGUGCUGAGCUGAAGGGAGACGCUGUAACACAGAACCAAACGCUUGAUCGCUUGGUCAGUGGAAUGGCCAGUUUUGGGAAACUUACGGAUUACUUCAGUCGGCGACGCUCCAGGGACGAGCUGCUGAGCCGCAGGGACGGGCGCCGCAGCGGCAGCUACUGCUGCACUCUCACUGAGUCGAGGUCAUUGGAGAGGCGACUGCAGAGACCCCUUCUGGCCAAGUCCAGAACAUUACCCAGCAUUCCUCAGUCUCCUACAGUGGGCCGCAUGUAUCAGCACUCUCAGAUGAUCGGUGGAAGUCCGUCGCGUCCCCGCCUACCCUCCAGCCCCAGCCACCUCAAUGCACCCACACUGCCCCCUGCAGGUGAUGCAUGGCGGUUGGAAGAUGACAAAGAAGUGGAGCUACAGGAGUCGGGGCUUUGCAGAGUGGAGCUCCGUCCCCGCUCUCAGUCUCCAUUCUCACACUUUCGCAGCCGGACAGCGUACCUGAGGAAGAGCGUUUCCGUCGACGACCAGCUGGGUGUGUCUGAGUAUGACUCUACCCACUUGGAUGGGAGAAGCUCCCGGAGCAGUAAAGGAAAACUGAAGAGGAAAUUUUCCAUCUCUUAG